CAAGGCCACGCCCAUUUCCGGCCCUCCGCCGAAGCAUGGCUGUGUUGGCGACUCUGCUCUCGGGUGUCCGGAGGCUGCACUGCAGCGCGGCGGCUCUGGCGGGCAGCCAGUGGCGGCUCCAGCAAGGUCUGGCUGCCAACCCCUCCGGCUACGGGCCCCUUACUGAGCUCCCAGACUGGUCGUACGCGGACGGUGGUCCUGCUCCCCCAAUGAAAUGCCACCUUCGAAGAAAGGCCCAAAGGGAGAAGUUUGCAAGACGAGUUGUAUUGCUGUCACAGGAAAUGGAAGCUGGAUUACAGGCUUGGCAGCUCAGGCAGCAGCAGAAGUUGCAGGAAGAAGAAAGGAGACAGAAAAAUGCUCUUAAACCCAAAGGGGCUUCAUUGCAGAGCCCACUCCCAAGUCAAUAAAAAGCAACUCUUGCCCUAUUC